AUGCCGAAGCAUUUCCAUAAAAAAGCUUUCGAAAAACGUGUCAGCGUCACGACUGCUGCCUCAAGGGUGCCACGAGUGCCGGCGCCGCGUAUAAAUGCAGGGACAGGCGCCGUCCAACCACACUCGAGCGCUCCUCGUCUCCUGCAGCAGUGGAAGACGGGAUCCGGCAUCAUGAAUCGCCUUAUACUUGUGACCGUGGCUGUGGUGGCCUUGGCGUACGUGGCAGCAGCUGGAGGAAGUUAUGGUGGAGGCGGUAGAGGAGGUGGAGGAGGUGGAUUCGGUGGUGGUGGUAGAGGAGGAGGAGGUGGAUUCGGCGGACACAGAUUUGGUGGAGGUGGAGGAGGAUUUGGAGGCAGCGGAGGUGGAUUCGGAGGAAGUGGAGGUGGAUUCGGCGGCGGCCGAGGUGGUGGAUUUGGCGGCGGCCGAGGCGGUGGUGGAUAUGGCGGAAGUGGAGGCCGAGGUGGAGGCGGAAGCGUAAACCGUGGAGUUCUGAUCGGCGCCGGUAAGCUGUCUGGAGGUGGAGGUGGAUUCGGCGGUGGAGGAUUCGGAGGCAUGGAUUCGGAGGCAGUGGUGGAUUCGGAGGCAGUGGUGGAUUCGGUGGCGGCAGCGGAGGUUUCGGCGGUAGCGGAUUCGGCGGAGGUGUGGGAGGAGGAAGAGGAAGCGGCAGUUACGGAAAGUAAGAUGAACUGUCUCCAUCGAAGUAGAGCAAAUUCUCUACAAAAAUGUAAUGAAAUGCGCCGAAUACACUUAAUAAUCUUUCAAGGAAACGGCGCCAAGGCUGAGGGCGGCGGAGGCACCGGGCGGAAGUCGGACGAGGAGCUGAAGUCUUUCUCUUUCUAG